AAAUCUCGGUGAUCUCAAUUGCGGAUGCAGUGCAGACAUUGUCGACGUAGCGCGCAGGAUUGCACUUGUAGUCCCCGCUCCGAGCGGCACAGGCGCUGUAGCACCCUGGGAAAGGGGGCGAAGGAUACGGAAGGAUGUGAAGUGACAGAACAGAAUAUUGGUAGUAGCACACGGGCAGUGCAACACUGUGGGAACGGAAGCAGCUGUUAUGCUUCCUCCGGUACAUUUGUCUCCGUUGAUGAUUCGUGUAAAUUAUUCACAUAUUCGAAUAUUUAAAUUAGGUAGUUCGUUGGUUUGUUUGUGGAAGCAUUUUGUUACAUCUAUGUCGUGAAUGUCAUUUACUUGGUUCGAUUUCGUUGUGUCGUGGUAAUUGUAUUAAGUUAGUCAUAUAAUAUAAUUUUUCGUUGACAUUUCAUACUUCAAAUUAAUAUACGAUAUGUCCGAGUACUUUAAUAAGGCAGUUGUCACUUCUGUUCUGAUGAUCGUUCUGCAACCUCGUAAAUGAGACGUGACUGUGAUCACAUUUUAUGAAGUAGGAAUGCAAAAUGCCAGGAGAACACUUGAAACCGCUCUAUAAGGGCAAAUGCCUAGAAGAUUUAAAACAAUUUUUCGAAAUUACGAUUGAAACUGAUCCCAAAAGGUCUGCUCCAAAGUUAUUUAGAGCUGCGGAAGAACAACGCCUGAAAGGAGAUGAAGAACUUAGUUACAUAUAUUAUAUGAAAUUUCUGUCAAUUGUCCAGCGAUUUAAACAGUAUAAAAAUAGUAAUAGAAAAGAAAUACUAGAUUCAGGGGAAGUUAAAAAACAACAUGUUACUGAAGCACUAGAUUUUGCAGAAAAAUUGUCCAGCAGUUUGGAAGAUAGGUAUGCAGAACUUAAGAAAAGAGAAACUGAAGCAUACCUUGCUAAAAAAUUGAAAGAGAGUGUUGUUGCUGAAAAAGUGACAAAUGUGCAAGUAAUACCUCAGCCAAUUCAAAAGUCAAAUGGAUUUGCAGAUGUAUCAAAAGAAUUUAUGUCGUGUGCGAAAUUGUAUAACCUUUUGGAUGAAAAAAGAAAAUUGCUUAUAAUGGACGUUAGGUCAGUAAGUUCCUACAAUGAUUCCCAUCUGAAAGCAGAAUGUGUAAUAAAUGUUCCUGACAAUGUUGUGGAGGCAGGAAUGACAUCUUCAAGAUUGGAAAAAGUGUUACCGGCAGCUUCAAAGAUACUGUGGUCUAUGCGUGGGGUAGUAGAUUUAGUGGUUCUAAUUGACUGGUCAACCUCGGUUAAUACUCAGAAAUCAGAUUUAGCCAUAUUUAUUGUGAGAGAUAUUCUUGUGAAGUGGGAUUCUGACGUAAUUUAUAAGAAUUGCCCCCUGAUUCUUGAAGGAGGAUACGAAGAAUGGUUGUUAAGAUAUCCUGUUUGUACUACAAAUCCUUCCCCCAAAAUUAUUCCAAAUGUGCCAAGUUAUUCUUCAAGUGAUUUUUUGGAUGACAUAGAAUAUCCUAAUUUCUUAGAAGGUUCAGAUCAACCAACUAUUGAUCGAUCUUCGAAACCUUCCUUCAAUCACUCUUAUCCUAUGAAACCUUCUAUAUCUGCAAGUACUUUCUCCAAGCCUGUUGCCCCCAAAUCUCCAAAGCUGCUUCCAUCCACUCCAUUCACAAACAUCCCUUCAAAACCAGUGGCACCCAACAAAGGUCUAACUCCUGGUCCUACGGAUUCUCGGCCCAGCGUAGACCGAAAGUCUAAAGCUGCAGCUUUGCUAACAUAUGAAGAGCGAAGUCGGAAUGUUCAAGCACUGUUACGACAGGAGGAAGAAGUAGUGGCAACAACUCUGGAGAUGGAAGAAGACAAGCUGAGGAAGGAAGAGGAAAGGGAGAAGAUACGUCUCCGUAGGGAAAUGGAGGCGGAGGAGGAGAUGCGAGCAUUUCUGCAGGAGAGGGAGGAGCAGUUGCUGAGAGACAUCCAGAACCUUGAAAAGUUGCAGCAGGAGAAGGAUAAGGAAAAUCAGGCAUUAAGGGAAGAAUUAGCGGAAUAUAAAAAGAAAGAGCAAGAAGAAAGUUUGCCUAGAGAAUAUUCUGUCUACAAGGAACAAGAAGAAGCAAUUGCUGCAAGAAUACGGAACUCUGAAGAAAAGCGGAAAAAGCUAGUGCAAGACCGAGAAAGUAAAAAGGUGCGGGAGGAAUACUAUAGUCAAAAGAAAAAACUAUCAAUGGAUGAAGCUUUGAAUCCCAGUCCAAUCAAAUUGACCUAUGAGGAAAGGGAAGCACAAGCACUUGCAAAACUUCAGCAAGAUCGUCUGCACAGGGAGAAGCAAAAGCAGGGAAAAGUAGAUGACAUGGCUAAAGAGAGAGGUCAUCAAGAUACUGAAGAUUUCCAUAGCAACAGAUCCCCUGUGCCAAGCAAAAGCCCUCUUGAAGUGAACAGAGAUCUCAAAAAGUCAAUGGAGACCAGAAAUGAACAACCUACCAACUUCAAAAAUAAAAUGAAUGGAACAUACACAGCUCCUCUGAAAGACACUCCAUCGGGUAUGAUGAAACGUUCUCGAUCUUCUCCUAAUAUUGCUCAGCUGAAUGAUGAAGAUCUGAAUGGAAGAGGAAAACCAAUGAAAACAAAUUUUGCAUCAGACAUCCGAGCCAGUAGGCAGCGUAACUUCAGCCCAGUGUAUGGUGAUUUGGGUCGAGGUUUAACUGGGUUGAAAAAUUUGGGUAAUACCUGCUACAUGAACUCGAUAAUUCAGUGCCUCAGUAACACAACUCCUCUUGCCAAAUAUUUUGUGAGUGGCCAAUAUCGAAAUGACAUUAAUCGGCAUAAUGAGACCCGAGGAGAAAUUGCAGAAGAGGUGGCUGCUGUUGUUCGUGCACUAUGGAGCAGCAGUUACAAAUGCAUAGCAACAAGGGAUCUACGUAGUGUAGUGGGGAGACAUCGAGAUCAGUUUCAAACAAACCAGCAACAAGACUCCAAUGAAUUUCUCACCAUUCUCAUGGAUUGGCUUCAUGAAGAUCUCAAGAAGCCAUCCGUAAAAUCAAUAGGAGAUGUGGGAAGAGACCAAGAUGACUGGGAGAAGCAAUGGGAUGAAUUCUACAAAGAAAACACUUCCUUAAUUGUGCUUCUUUUCUAUGGACAGCAGAAAUCUACUGUUCGGUGUCUGAAGUGUUUCAAAGAAUCUGUGAAAUAUGAAACCUUUUCCAAUCUCACCUUACCUCUGCCAAGCAAUAUCAACUCCUGCACACUGGAAGAGUGUGUGCAGUUGUAUGUACGAGGAGAGCAUAUUACUGGUUGGAAAUGUCCAGCUUGCAAGGAACAACGUGAUGCCAUGAAAAAAUUUGAUAUUAUUAAAUUACCUCCCAUUCUGGUAAUACAUUUUAAAAGGUUUUAUAUUGAUGGAUGGUGCCGGAAAAGACAGACUUUUGUUCAGUUUCCUUUAGUCAAUUUGGACAUGAAAAAGCACACCCUUCUUCCAGAUCAGAAAUACAUAAAGUACAAUUUAUAUGGUGUUUCUAAUCAUUAUGGUACAAUGGAAGGUGGCCAUUACACAGCCUACUGCAAAAGUGUGGAGCACAAAAAGUGGUAUAAGUUUGAUGACAACGAGGUAAGUGAAAUUUCACCUGGAGAAGUGCAGUCCGGUGCUGCAUACAUCCUCUUCUAUGCUUCGAUCAAUUUUAAUGUCCCUGAUGUUAGUUGAAUACUUAAAUGUGAAUGCUAUUAUAGCACAAUGUACUUGUAAUAUUAGUACAAAACCAAUUGUUUUAUUGUUGGAUUUCCCUUUAAACUUGGUAGACUGCUAUGCAAUUGGGCUGAAGAAUCCCAAAUAAUAACCUUGUUUGUUAAAGGGUGAAUGUUCCAACUAAGAUUUUGACUUGAUUUGUUCAGCAUUCAUGGUAAUGCAUUUAAUAUAGUUUUUAUUGAAGCUAUAACUGUAUUGUUUGCUCAGAACUGUGUUGUAAGUUAUGUUUGUUCAUUUCUUACUUCAAUUCACUACCACAACUAUGUGUUGACUCAUUUAACUGAAUCUAGGAUAAUAUUGAUUUAACACAAUAUGAAGAUUUUCAGUUUAAUCUUUGAUAUAUAUCUACAUAAUAUGUAGUAAAAGGAUAUUAUUAUACUUAAUCAGCAAGGCAGUGAUGUGGUAUCACUUGCUAGAAGAAUCUAUUUUAUGUUUCAAUGAAAUAUGACUCAGGCAUAUUUGCGCUGUAAAAGAAUUUGAGUAUAGCUCGUCUUAGUACUUGAUUUGCAACAGUAAACAUUUCUUAGCUGCUCAUUAAAAUGUUACAAGAAAUGUAUUUAACUUACUGUAGUGUCUCUGACAUUAGCCUUGUAAAUAUAAUAUUGUGGAGUGAGCAUACAGUACUGAUACAUUGUGAAAGUGGUUUGUUGUGAAUUGGUUAUAUACAUUCCACUUGGGACUGAAUUUGUAUUAAUGUAUAUAUGUAUGUGUAACAGAAAAUAAUGUCUUCAAAAAGUUUGUGAGGUUUAUAAUGUGUGAAUAUUGUACAGAGACAUCAUGUCAUAUUUUCUUAUGAGUGUUCAUAAAUAUACAAAAGAAUAUAUGCAAAAUGAACAAUAUUUAAUAUAUAUGAAAUAUAGAUAUAUAUUUGGGCUUCUUUGAGUAUUGUGAUUUUGUUUUUCUUUAAUCUAAAAGAUAAUAUUGCCUUUUCUGGUGGCCACGAAUGUUAGCACGGUACCAAAAAAUAAGUAUUCAUUAUCUUAAUGGAUGCGCAUGUGCAGUAUUCCUCUUGUAUUAAGCAAAUCACUUGGCAGCCAAGAAGGAGGUUUGUAGUCACUUUGUCACUGACUCAUGUUACAAGCAGAAGCUGUGAUUUGGGUUAAUAGCAUACUUCUCCUUAACAUAAUUUAUUCAAUUAGUCUGUUGUACUCCUUACAGCAGUGUCAACAUUCAGCUUAAACUACUCCACUUAUGUUACAUCCUCUCUGUAUGUAGUAUCUCAGACUGUAUAAAGACUUCAAAUAUAAAAUUGUGUUUUAUUUUUUAAAGAAUCAUUUAAAUAUAAAUAUUAAUCUUCUUACACAACUACACUCUCAUGCUAAGAAAAUAAGAAAUAUAUUCAGGCAUGGCUAGAUAAAUGGACAAGAGUGACACUCUAUAAUAGGCAAUAAAUUUUUAAAUUAAUUAAAAAAUGUUAAGUGAGAAUACAUUUUUGUUUGUUUGUUUGUUUUUGUUUUUAUUCAAAAAUAUUUAU